AUGACUCUCCCUCUGGUGGGAUCACCACUUGUCCGAGAGUCCCAGCCUGUGAGUAAGACCGGGGUGAGGGAAGACCCAGGGAAGAUCUGCAGAGGCAAAAAGAGGAGAUUCAAAGAGACCAAGUCCUUCCAGAUUAGCCAGGCGGGCACCGGAGCGGCUUGGGGAAGAAGGUGUCCCCGGGAGAAAUGCGGAGUCAGCUCUCCUCAGAGGUCUCUCCCCUGUGCUGUGUUCCAGGGACAGGGUCAGGCUGGAGGGGAAUCAGGGCAGCAAUUGGACCAAGAACGUGGAGCAGGUGAAUCGGUCCUGGUCUCCGUCUAUGUACAGCUGUAUUUUUCAAGUGAGCGCCGGCCGGCGGCACUCUCCAGGCCCCUGACUCUCCCCACCGCCUCGGCUUCCUCUGCCCCAGUAACUCUCACUGGCCUCAGCCUCACAGCCCAGUGCGAUGUCACCCACAAGGGGUGUAGCUACUGUGCUUGCCUCUCCGGGUACCAGUGGAACACCAGCGUCUGCUCCCAUCACCGGCCCUGCCAAACCCCCGUCAAGCGCCGGCCUUGUGGCUGCCUUGUCUUCGGCCCUGCUGAAGCCGGGUACUGCCAGCUGCUGCCACCUGUCCCCGCGGCCCUGAGCCUCAACUCCUGGCUGCAGACGCCUGGCGACACCCUGAACCUGACCCUCCUCACAAGCCAGGAGACCACCAACCUGAACUGGUUCCUGUGGCCCACAGGGAGCCCCAUCCCCAUCCUCCUGCGGGCAGGGUCACGUGUGUCCUUGACCUCCAGCCGGAACCGGGCGGUCCUCAGCAUUGUCAACAUCUCCCAUAAAUGGGCAGGUGAGUACUUACGCUGCUUUGAGGCCUGGGGAUUCAGGUGGGAGCUGCACCAGAUGGUGAGGGCGCCCCUGCAGGUGACAGAUGUGGCUGGGCUCCCAGACCAGCUCUCCACCUCCUGUGCCACCUCCCCUGGCUUCCAGCUGAGCUGCUGCAUCCCCAGUGCCCACCUGGGCUACACGGCUUCCUGGAGCCCCAGAGACGGCAACGAGGCCUGCUUAUUCAACACGCUGGACUCCCAGUGCUUCGUGCUGGCUGUUCAGAGCUGCCCUGCAGCUGACACUACGUGCACUUGUGACCUGCAGAGCCCGGGACUGAGCCCUCUCAGGGUUGCCGUCUCUGUCACCGUCAUCCAGGUACUUGGGGCUUGGGAUGGAGACAACACCCGCCCUGAGGACUCUUCAACUAUUGCCUGGAACGUCACCAAGGCUGGCCAUGUGGCACAGGCCCCGUGUCCCGGGAAGAGGAGGGGCAUGGUGAAGAGGCCUUGUAGGCCUGAGGGGGGCUGGGGGCCCAUCCACAGCAGCUGCACGGACACGGGGCUCCUGGCCUUGCUUCUUAGAGCCCGGCUGCUGAGGGCAGGCCAGGGCUGGCCUGUGGACGAGGCACCACAGACCUUGGCUCAGCUGCUGGAGCAGGCAGUGGUGGUGACCCCACCCACCGACUCAUUGGCACUGGUGGCCACCAUGACAAUCCCGGCCAAGGUGGUAGCACGUGCCAGAAUACAGCUCAACGGCAGCCCUGGAGGUGAGAUCCUUGAGCCACAUCGGGGCCAGCUGGGUAGUGUGGGCUGGCAACUCUUCCCCUCCGGGCAUUUCUGUCCCUCCGACAUCACCAUGGGCUGUCAGAUGGCAGACUCUUCUAGAGUCCAAGUGUCUGCUCCUCUGGUCCAUUUCUCCUCUUGGAUACCAGUCUCCAAGGCCACGGAGUGUGGAGGAGGCCUGAUGCUGGGAACACAUGGGAGGUCAAGGAAGGCAGGGAGGGGUGUGGAGACAGGAGUUCAGAGGCCUUCACGCACAUGCAGAUAUGCGGAUAUGACGUGA